ACUUGAAUUGAUCGAAGAAGAUUAAUAUCUAUGGAACCGCCAAUUAUCGUCCACAUCUACUACUACUCAUCAAUCCGCCCGAUCCUAUAAAUAUCUCUCUGUGCCCUUACCCCAACCCCCAAUCUCUCUCUCUCUCAAGUUCCCCUCUUUCUCUAGCCCUUUUCUUCAAUCAAUCGAGCUCUGCUUGAGUUGCACAGCCACUGAGUGGAAGCCAUGGCUAGGGCACUGGUUCAAUCGACUAAUUUCCCUUCUUCAGUGGCCGGUCAAACGCAUGGCCAGCUCAAGGGAUCUUCAAAAACAAAAAGGACUGUGAAAAUGAUGUGCAACUCACAAGCAUCACAACUUAGGAUGAGAAGUUUCUCGGGGUUGCGAGGUUCAAAUGCUUUAGAUACUAUUGCUAGGUCUGGCUGCAAUUUUCAUUCUAAGGUUGCAGCUGCAACCUCUGUCCGGCGUGGAAAACCUAGCCGAAGUGUGCCAAAAGCUAUGUUUGAGCGAUUUACUGAAAAAGCAAUAAAAGUUAUUAUGCUUGCACAAGAGGAGGCUAGACGGCUUGGUCACAAUUUUGUUGGGACAGAGCAGAUUUUGUUGGGUCUUAUUGGUGAAGGGACAGGCAUUGCUGCUAAGGUUCUUAAGUCUAUGGGAAUCAAUUUGAAGGAUGCUCGUGUGGAGGUGGAGAAGAUCAUUGGAAGGGGUAGCGGGUUUGUAGCUGUGGAGAUUCCAUUUACUCCUCGUGCAAAGCGUGUUUUGGAGCUUUCUCUAGAGGAAGCCCGCCAGCUAGGUCAUAAUUAUAUUGGGUCUGAGCAUUUGCUGUUGGGAUUGCUUCGUGAGGGUGAAGGUGUUGCAGCCCGUGUCCUUGAAAAUCUAGGUGCAGAUCCAAGUAACAUCCGCACACAGGUUAUUCGAAUGGUUGGAGAAAGUACAGAAGCUGUUGGUGCCGGUGUAGGAGGGGGAUCUAGUGGCAAUAAGAUGCCAACAUUGGAGGAAUAUGGGACUAACUUGACAAAAAUGGCUGAGGAGGGUAAACUGGAUCCAGUUGUUGGAAGGCAGCAGCAAAUAGAACGUGUGACCCAAAUUUUAGGCCGGCGGACAAAAAAUAAUCCCUGCCUUAUUGGAGAGCCUGGUGUAGGGAAAACAGCUAUUGCAGAAGGGCUUGCACAACGAAUUGCAACUGGUGAUGUUCCAGAAACGAUAGAGGGGAAGAAGGUUAUAACCCUAGAUAUGGGUCUUCUUGUUGCUGGAACCAAAUAUCGUGGAGAGUUUGAGGAAAGACUAAAGAAACUGAUGGAGGAAAUUAAACAGAGUGAUGAAAUAAUAUUAUUCAUUGAUGAGGUGCACACAUUGAUUGGAGCAGGAGCAGCGGAGGGUGCAAUUGAUGCUGCAAAUAUCUUAAAGCCAGCUCUUGCAAGAGGUGAACUGCAGUGUAUUGGCGCCACUACACUUGAUGAAUACAGAAAGCACAUCGAGAAAGACCCAGCCUUAGAGAGACGUUUCCAGCCAGUUAAGGUGCCUGAACCCACAGUGGAUGAAACCAUACAGAUCCUGAAAGGGCUUCGUGAGCGAUAUGAAAUACACCAUAAGCUCCGUUACACAGAUGAGGCACUAGUUUCUGCAGCCCACCUGUCAUACCAGUAUAUUAGCGAUCGCUUCCUGCCUGAUAAAGCAAUUGACUUGGUUGACGAAGCAGGUUCUCGGGUUCGGCUUCGUCAUGCACAGCUUCCUGAGGAGGCACGGGAUCUCGAGAAGGAGCUGAGGCAGAUUACUAAGGAGAAGAAUGAAGCUGUUCGCAGCCAGGAUUUUGAGAAGGCUGGGGAGUUGCGAGACAGAGAAAUGGACCUUAGAGCUCAGAUUACUGCCAUUGUAGACAAGGGCAAAGAGAUGAGCAAAGCAGAGUCUGAAGCAGGGGAUGAGGGUCCAGUUGUGACAGAAGUGGACAUACAGCACAUUGUCUCUUCAUGGACUGGUAUUCCUGUUGAGAAAGUGUCGACUGAUGAAUCUGAUCGCCUGUUGAAGAUGGAAGAGACUCUCCACAAGCGAGUCAUUGGUCAGGAUGAAGCUGUCAAGGCCAUCAGCCGUGCCAUUCGACGAGCUCGUGUUGGACUCAAGAACCCCAAUCGACCCAUUGCUAGUUUCAUCUUCUCUGGUCCUACUGGUGUUGGGAAGUCAGAACUAGCAAAAGCACUAGCUGCCUACUACUUUGGUUCUGAAGAAGCCAUGAUACGGCUUGAUAUGAGUGAAUUUAUGGAGAGGCACACUGUCUCCAAGCUCAUCGGUUCACCUCCUGGCUACGUUGGUUACACUGAAGGAGGCCAGCUGACUGAGGCAGUCAGGCGCCGUCCCUACACUGUCGUACUUUUUGAUGAGAUCGAGAAGGCACACCCUGAUGUCUUCAACAUGAUGCUUCAGAUUCUUGAGGACGGAAGGUUGACAGAUAGCAAAGGCAGAACUGUAGAUUUUAAGAAUACACUUCUGAUUAUGACAUCAAACGUUGGAAGCAGUGUGAUUGAGAAGGGAGGCAGGCGUAUCGGUUUUGAUCUGGAUUAUGAUGAGAAGGAUAGUAGUUACAACCGAAUCAAGAGCCUGGUGACCGAGGAACUCAAGCAGUACUUCAGGCCGGAGUUCUUGAACAGGUUGGAUGAGAUGAUUGUAUUCCGGCAGCUCACAAAGCAGGAGGUGAAGGAGAUAGCUGAUAUAAUGCUCAAGGAAGUAUUUGACAGGCUCAAGUCGAAGGAUAUCGAGCUUCAGGUCACGGAGAGGUUCAGAGAUAGGGUGGUGGAGGAAGGAUACAACCCAAGUUAUGGAGCAAGGCCGCUUAGAAGAGCCAUAAUGAGACUCUUGGAGGACAGCAUGGCCGAGAAGAUGCUGGCAAGAGAGAUCAAGGAGGGCGAUUCGGUUAUUGUGGAUGUUGACUCUGAUGGUAAUGUGACGGUUCUCAACGGCAGCAGCGGCGCGCCGCCUGAAUCACUGCCGGAACCAAUCGCAGUGUAGAUCAGAUGCUUUCUGUUUGGUUUGCUGCCGUUGCAGCUGCUGUUGCAGCUGCUGCCUGGUCAGGUAAAAAACUAAUGUUAAUGCUCGUCCUAUUGAGAGCCAGGAGGUUGGGUGUUGGCCUGCUGAGCCAAGUCUGAAUUCAUGGCCAUGGCCAGCCUUGAAAGAUGAUUGUACCUAUUAUAUUUAUAUUGCCGUCCCGGGCAGGCGGCCUGGCAGGCAUAGUUGAGCUUGAAAACAGAAGGGUUAGUGCUAGAUUUUAGCAGAGAUUUUCUGUUAAAAAGGACAUGUUUUUUUCACAGUUAAGACUGGUCUUUACUUGCUUAUUUGUAUGAAAAUAUGGAGCUCUGGGGUUGAGUAAUGGUAAUAGUACUGUACCUUCAUUUUUCUU